ACACCUCUCUUGCCUACUGUCUCACAAUGAUUGCAGAUGUGUGUCUUUUGGAAGAGCAGCACAGGCUAGCGUGGAAGUCAAAAUUGUUCAUUAUACUAACAUAGGUUUGUCUAGGGCUUUUUCAAAUCCCCUAUUCCUUUUAAGUUUCACAUCAACUUUGUGAAAUAGGAUAACCCUUAUUUUACAGGUAAAGAGACUGAAGCUUGAGGAGAUGGAGAAACUUGCCCAUCUCAAACACAUCUAAGCAGAUGCUGGAACCCAGCUUUUCUUACUCAGAACCACUACUCACUUCCCUAAGCCCAAAGAUCUGGUCUGGACGAGCUUUGUACCCUGUUGUCUCUCACUGUUUUUUUCUGCAAAUGUUGAUUAGAGAUUUUUUUCAGAGCCCUGAGUCAGGGGCUGUCUGUAGAGUCCCCUAAAGUCCCAGGCAUUAAUGGGUGGUGGAAACACUACAAAGCCACCCAGUAGCAGAAAAGUAAUGGGACCUUCCCCCUUAUCUCCUCAGUUUGCAUUGCUUUGAUUCCGUCUGAACGCCCACUUUGCAACUGAAGGAGGCAAGACACGUUCAGAGGAAAAAGUAGAGAGUAAAAGCCAGAUCAAGGUAAUACCUAUGCUUCAGUGACACUCACUGGGGGCUUGCUGAGAGAUGCCACGUGUGGCCAUGAAGAGCAGGGCAGCAUGGGCCUCAUCCCCAGUUCCCUUUUCCAAGUGUCUUUCCUGAAUGGUGAGUCUCUAGGCUCCCAGGCAAAGCCCUGGAUCACGUAUUCAGCCUUAUUCCUUAUGGUCCUGCCUCACACCUGUUGCCAGAGCUCAAAAGCAGGCCCUGCUCCUGAUAAUGAUGGCCAUGAUGAGGCUACUCCAUUGGCCUCUCUUUUCAUGCCCCUCCUGCCUGCCCCCCCCACCCCCACCCCCUGGUCUCUUCCCAGUUCUGAACUGGCAGGAACUCCUGGCUUAGCCGGAAUGCUUCCCUUGGACUUGUUUUCCAGGCACCCAGUGCUCAUCAAGGCAGCCCUGGACCUCCUCAUGAGGACUGGGGACAGUGGGGACUGCACCAUGAACUCCGGAUCAUGCCUGACUGCCAGCACAGUGGCCAUUCCCACCAUCACGGGCAGCACAGCCAUGAGUGCCUGCAGCAGCAGCAACGCUAGCCCUGCCAGCUCUGUGGACACGAAGCUAUGCCUUCUAAAGAAGCAGGAAAAAUGAAGAAAGAGGGUCAUCUGGGGCAUUGAGGUGGCCGAGGAGCUACAGUGGAAAGGCUGGGAGCUGGGCAAGGAGAUCACCAAGAACCUGGUUCUGAAAAAUCUGUCCUGGAAAAUCCAGAAGAUAAAGUACAGGCUCCCCAAGACCAAGUUCUUCUUCACGGUCAUCCCCCAGCCCAUCUUCCUGAGCCCAGGCAUAACCCUCUCCCUCCCCAUCAUCUUCCGGCCCCUGGAGAAGAAGGAGUACAUGGACCAGCUGUGGUUUGAGAAAGCAGAGGGGAUGUUCCGUGUGGACCUGCGGGCCACCGUGCCUUGCCACAAUCUCAUCUGCCCACCGUCCCUGCAGUUGCCCAUGUGUGCCAUGGGGGACACGGCCGAGGCCUGGUUCUGCCUGGACAAUGUGGGGGACCUGACCACCUUCUUCACCUGGGAGUCCCCUGGCCCAUUCCAGGUGCUGCCUAACACGGGACUGCUGGAGCCAGGCCAGGCUUGCCAGAUCAAGGUGACCUUUCAGCCCCUGAUGGCUGUCAUCUAUGACGUUCAGGCCACGUGCUGGUACGGGGAGGGCAGCAAGCAGAAGAGCAGCAUCCAGCUGCGGGGUAUAGCCAAGUGUGCCCAGCUGCUGGUGAGCAUAAAGCAGAAGCGCCCAGAGGACCAGGAGGCCGCGGGCUUCCAGAAAGUGUUGCACUUCGGCUCUGUUGCUGUGGGCUGCACCACUGAGAGGCAAAUCAAGCUGUAUAACCCGUCAGCGGUGAGCGCCUCUUUCAGGAUCGAAAUGGCCCCAGAUACGCUGGCCAAAGACCAGGCCUUUUGGUGCCCCAUGGCCCACGGAGUCGUGCUCCCAGGAGAGAAGAAAUGCGUGUCGGUGUUCUUCCACCCGGAGACUCUGGACGUCAGGACGAUGGACUACUUGUCCAUCAUGCCCUCUGGCGGUGCCUCGCAGACCCUGCUCAAACUUGUUGGUUUCUGUAGAGGUCCUGAUGUGUCCUUGCAGUACCAUUGCAUCGACUUCAGCUGGGUCAACCUUGGGGAACGCUCGGAGCAGACUCUGUGGAUUGAGAACAAGUCAGACUGCACAGCCCACUUCCAGUUCGCCAUCGACUGUCAGGAGAGUGUCUUCAGCAUCAGACCUGCCUUCGGGACCCUGGUGGGCAAGGCCCGCAUAACCCUGCACUGCACCUUCCAGCCCACUCACCCCAUCAUCUACUUUCGGCGGGUGGCCUGCCUCAUCCAUCACCAGGACCCGCUGUUCCUGGACCUGAUUGGGACCUGCCACUCAGACAGCACCAAGCCGGCCAUCCUGAGGCCACAGCACCUCGCUUGGUACCGCACGCACCUGGCGCGGGGCCUGACACGCUACCCGCCCGACAUUCUGGGCAUCAUGCUGAGGGAGAAGAAGUUGGAGCAGGAUAAGAACGGGGCCCUGAUGAUUUCCACCAAGGACCUGGAGGACAUACCAGCCCUGCAGUAUCCCCUCAUCCCACCCAUGACCGAAUACUUCUUCGAUGGCACCAACGACAUGGCCAUCUUCCCCCCACCUGUCAGUCUUGAGCCUGUCGAGGUAGACUUUGGUGCCUGCCCCAGGCCCGAGGACCCCAACCCUGUCCCCCUGUGCCUGAUGAACCACACCAACGGCAAGAUCACUGUGGCCUGGACACGAAGGUCUGACUGCCCCUUCUGGGUGACCCCCAACACCUGCGACGUGCCCCCCCUCAAGUCCAUGGCCAUGCGCCUGCACUUCCAGCCACCUCACCCCAACUGCCUGUACGCCUUGGAGCUGGAAGGCUUCGCUGUCUAUAAGGUCCUACGGAGCUACAACAAUAUUGAAGAGGACUGCACCGUGUGCCCGUCCUGGUGCCUGACGCUCCGGGCGCGAGGCCACAGCUAUGGUGCCACCUUGGAGCACCACAUCCCGCAAUACUCCCUGCAUGUCCCCAAGCUGUUUCCUGCAGUUUCGCCCGGUGAACCCUCCUACCGCAGCCUGCUCCUGAUCAACAAAGGCUCCAUGCUGCUGACCUUCAACCUGGCCCCCCAAAGCAGCCCAGACAUCUCCCUGCGGCCCAGCUCAGGCCUUGUGGCCCCUGGGGCCCACCAGAUCUUCCUCAUUUGCACCUAUGCCAAGGGCAACUCCUGGAGGCAGCACGUUUUCUACUUGCAGUUCAAUCUCUGCCCCCAGUAUCUCCAGGAGGUGAGCAUGCAGAGCCGGGAGGAGCCACUGCAGCUGAAGCUGGACACCUCUAAAAGCAUCUUCUUCAAGCCCACCUGGGUGGGCUGCUCCUCCACCAGCCUCUUCACCUUCCGUAACCCCACGCGUCUGCCCUUGGAGUUUGAGUGGAGGGUUUCCCAGCAGCUCCGAAAGAUGCUGGCCGUCCAGCCCGCCAGAGGGAUUAUCCAGCCCAACGAGAGCCUCACAAUGACGUGGACCUUCAGCCCCCUGGAGGAGACCAAGUACCUGUUCCGAGUGGGGAUAUGGGUCUGGGAAGCCGGCCUGCCCCCGAGCACGAAGCCUCCCACCACCACUCACUACAUGCUCCGGCUGGUGGGCCUGGGCGUCACCGGGCAGCCUCUCUGCAAAGGAGAAGGAGCUGGACUUUGGGAACAUACUGGUGAACAGCAAGCAGUCCAGGACGCUGGUGCUUCUGAACGAGGGCGACUGCACCCUCUACUACCGCCUGUUCCUGGAGCAGUGCAGCCCUGAAGCUGUGGACAACGGCCCUCUCGCUCUGCAGCUGGACCGCACAGAGGGGAGUAUGCCACCCCGGUCCCAGGACACUAUCUGCCUGAUCGCCUGUCCCAAGUUCCGGUCCCAGUACUCCUGGACCAUCAGCUACUCUCUCCUCUCCCACAGAGGUGACAGCUGCUCUUGACAAUGAUCUUGGGGCAGGUUGCCUGGGACCCCUGCACCCUCAGCCUGGAGGCCCCGCCCCACGGGAGCUGGGAGGUGAGUGCACCCCUCUCUCCCACACCCCCUUCCCCCAG